AUGUACAACUCAGGAAUAUUCCAUUAUGCACAUUUUUGUGGCUAUCAUGGCUACGUAGAAGAAAAUUUACGGAAGAGCUAUGACAUCAGUGCUUCUCGCAGGCCCGUUUCUGAUGACGGCAAGAGCGGCAGCACGGUCCUCGCUUCGCUGCUGGCGCCGCUGCUGCUCCCCGCCCACAUUUCCCAGCGGAGCUGCCCCCGGGGCGGGGGCGCCUCGGGCCGUGGCUCUGCUCGGGGCGGGCGGUGCCGCAGCGCCCGGGGAUGCGGCGGGAGGCGGCCCCUGCGCCCCAACUCGCCACCCCACUAUGAUGCGCGCAGCGGUUCGGGGGCGGGAUCGCGCCGCUCCCCUCCGAAGCUGCAGUCUCGGCUCGGCCCCGCCACCCGCCUCCUUGCCCUUCUGUCAAAGCCGGACGCCCACAUGGCAGCGGUGAAGCUGCUGGCUGCAGGGCCGGCGGGGAUUGCGGCGUCUCCCUGCAGUGGCUGCUUUGGUACCGGGGGACAGAGCCCGACAGGGGCAGCGUCCGCGAGGGGCGGCGGCUGCGCCCCAUGCGGAGUCCGUCCGUCCGUCCGUCCGUCCGUCCAUCCAUCCAUCCAUCCAUACCUGCGUGGGCGGUGGCUCGUGUGUGCGUGUGUGUCAGUGACUGACAGCGCUGCGCGCACAGCGCGGGGGCAGCUGCCCUCACGCAACCAGCCGGGGACCAUGCCAGCACGCCCCGGCUGCGGCAGCCACUUCUCCGUCCCCCGGAGCCCUCCCCUGCGGGGGCGACCUCAGCGGCCACGCUGCUCCUCCUCCUCCCUCCUAGCGGUUCAAACUUCUCUGAUGUCCACGUGCAACAUAUCCAUGCUUCCAGGGACACAGAACACAGGACGUUGUAACUACAGCAAUAGACUCAACUGCAAAAGAUCUCUAUCAGGCAUCACAGAGAAUUUGAGGCAGCUGGCAGUUAUCAGCUGAAGCAGGUAGUCAGUAGAAGUGUAGAAGAUAAAUAGAUAAUAGAAAAGCAAUCUGGAAACCUGGGAGAGAUAAUAAACCUCUCUUCUAGAGGGGAGGUAACAAAUCAGGUAGGUCACUGAUGAACUGAACUCCCAGAUCAGUGCUGUGUCUAAUACUGCUGAAAAUACAGUAGUAGUUCAUGCCUGUCAGCUCUGAAGUAGUACUCAAGAUGUUGUUGAAAAUGCAGUUUGACAUAUUCAGUUAUAGAAAUCAGUAUUGCGGUGAAGUGAAAAAGGAUCACACUGUUGAAAGCUGACCAAAAUCCCAGGGACACCAUGACCCUCUAUGAAAUUACAGUUGCCAGAAUAGAAAACUAGUUCCACCUCCUUCUUCUCCUGCCUUCUGCUGUGUCUAUACUGCCAGUGCAACCAUUACAUAAUAUUCCUGUCAUACUGCUCAUGAUCAUCUGUGGGCCUUGUGAUUUCUUUUUUGUGUGAUUUCUACUUGUCUUGAAAUAACUGAACCAUUCUGUUUUCACUACCACAAGCACAGAGAAGAGAGGGAAAGGCCCAUGUCUAUGAGUAAAAGAAUGUGUUGUUCUUAGUAACUGUAUAUUAAAACAGUCCUACAAAACAUCUUUCUCUUCGUGUCACUCUUAUAAUUCUCAAAUUCCUAUCUGUGGAAAGUGUGAAAUCUUGCAUGAACAUGCAAGGAAACAGAUACCAUUUGAUAACACUUCUCGCUGUUUUCUGAGAUGUUGUAGGACUAUAUUGGUGGUAGGGAGAUAGCAUCAGGAGAUAUUUCUGUGAGAGUGAAUACAGAAAAUAAGUCUGUCAGUGGCAUCUUUCAACUAAAGAAGUGAUAGAGUUCCUCCACUGACAUCUGUCUUUAUUUUGUUAACCCACUCAGGUGGACCAUACUAAUGUCAGUGAAAUAUGAAUUCUUGUGGAGUUGAAUGACAAAAGGAAAAAAAAAACAAAACCACAACAAACAAACAAACAAACAAAACUUCUGCUCAAUUUGCUUUGAAACAUGCUUUAAAGAAAUCUGUCUGUACCACAGAAGUUAUAAAUCAUUCCGUGUAUUUACACUGAAAGAGCAUAAACCGAGACAUAUACAUGAAAUAUUUUGAGAGUAUUAGAUACCCCUAUUAAAGAAAGUCCUAACCAGGAAAGCAACAUAUCAUAUUCAAAGAAUCACAGAGUGGUUGGGGUUGGAAGGAGCCUCUGGAGAUCAUCUAGUCCAACCCAUCUGCUAAACCAGGUUCACUUAGAGCAGAUUGUACAGGAAUGUGUCCAGGCCGGCUUUGAAUGUCUCUAGAGAAGGAGACCCCACAACCUCUCUGGGCAGCCUGUUCCAGCACUCUGGCACACUCAAAGUAAAGAAGUUUCUCUUAAUAUCCAGAUGGAAUCUCCUGUCCUUCAGUCUGUGCCUGUUGCCCCUCAUCCUAUUGUUGAGCACUACUGAAAAGAGUCUGGUCCCAUCCUCUUGACAACCACCCUUAAGAAAUUUAUAAACAUAAAUAAGAUUCCCUCUCAGCCUUCUCUAACACAAAGCCCAUCAACAAAAUUUAGAUGUGUCCAUGUUGCUGGUUGCAUAAAUAAUGUGUGUGCUUUGAACAGUUCUCUCUAAUUCUUAAAAUGUAACAGAUGUACAUUUUUAUUUUCUAAGUAUUGUUUUAAUAAUUGUUUUACUAUGCCACUGCACAUGAAUUAAUUGUGUGCCUCUAAAUUCUGCCUCUAAGUAGUGAUUGCUCAGGGUGUUUUCCCUUUCACAUCUCAUUCUAUGAUUGCUAAAAUAAGAAAAGGCCAAAAUUUCAAAGCUUCUAUACAUUAGAAGUUUAAAAUGACCUUAUGCUAUUUUGAGGUCUGAUUUGUCUUUUCAUUGUGCCAGUAUAAUCCUAGUGAUAGAUUCUCAUGUCUCCCUUGAAUGUUUUGGUCUUUUUCUACACUGUGAUUCAGAUUCAACAGGGAAAGUGGCAAAUAAAUAGUUAACUCAGUUCAAGCUACAUACCUGUCUGAGACUCAGGUACUUCCAUAAGAGGUGUAAACAGAGUGAGAUCUUAGCAUCUCUUUGUGGUCAAGUUCCCUAAUUGUGUAUAAAAGGAGUCAUCUUUCAUUAUCUGGUUGUGCUCAAAAGUAAAUUCAGUGCUCUGAAUCUCAGGGAAUGAAGGUAUUUCUUCUAUGUAGGUAUAAGAGUUAGGUAACUGUUAGACAAACAUCAUGGUUGAGCUCUUCCAAAGAUACUUACUUGCUGUACUGCCAGUGGAAAGGAAAAGGCUUCCUCCUUAAUGUUUCUGAAUUUCCUGAUGGAGGCACUUAACCCACUGACUGUAUGAGAGGUGGAAUACCUAAGGGAAUAAAUAUGAAUCAUGCUGCCAGGCUGUUGUUGGAGCACUGGCAGCUAUAAUAGUCUGAAUACAGCCCUCAAGCGUAGAUAGUUUUGCAGGAACCUUAAGCAUCAAUGAGCAUACUCCAAUGGGAUCACAUGCUUCACUCAAGAUAACAUGAAAACCUAACUCCUGAGUUGGCCUAUGGAAUAUCAUUAACAUCUUGAAUAUUGUGAGCAUAUUGAAUGCACAAUUCAUCUUUGGUAGUUUCAUUUGUUAUUCAUUGGGUUGAAAGUACAAGACUGUACCAAAAUCAUAUGUGGAGCGCUUUUACUUCUUGCCUUUAUAUCUUCUUGUUAGAAUCAUGGUUUUUUUUGGAACUCUACUCUGGGAUAGCCACAUUUUCCCUAAAUGGGUAAAACAUAACAAAUAGAAGUGUGUUUUGAUUAAUAGUGCUUUGCAUGCUUCAAAACAAUAAAAAUCCUUGGUAUAUCAUGUAUUUACUUUCUUUACUGAUGAGAUCAAAAAUGUACCUUUGCAAUUCAAAAGAAUUAUAAAAGAAUUCAGAUGUAGUAAUAUGUUUAAUUUUUUCAGAUGUAGUGACAUGUUUAAGUUUUGCGGGCUACAUACUCGACAGGCCCCUCUCUCUACACACAAAUCAACGCUGGGAGAUUUUUGCAGAGAAAACCACACUAAUGUGUGUGGUUCUACAGACAUGAGGAAGCAGAAUUCAACUGUCUUUUUGAGGAAGGCCUUGAACUGCUAAUCCAAAUGCUGUUUUGCUGUUUUCCCCAACAGAUUUGUAGUAUGGCAACUAUGUGUUUGCAGAUGUGCUCUUACUUAUUUUUGGUGACUCUCUUAUUCUGUUUACAAUUAGACCUGCUGGAGCUUCUGAUGGUGUCCUGGGAUCACACUGUUCUGUUUUGACCAUUCCAAAAAAUCAGGAGUAAAAAUUUCUUUCUUCGUGUUUCCAUUUUAUUGUCAGUCAUUGUCUCAUUGCCAGUGAUGUCUUUGGAUAAACAAGCAUGAUAUCUUGUACUGAAAUAUCCACUUCUUACCAAAUGGUUUGAAUUAUGCAGCAGUUUAUUGUGGUCCAGGGUGAGACUUCAGUGGCAAUUAGGACACCUUAGACAUCUAUAUGGAAGUGCUCAUGUGUAAGCUAUAUGUGUAAACUCCUGUUCUAAACAGAGUCAAUGCAAUCUAUGGAGCCUACUCCAUGCCUUUUCAGCUGACAAACUACUUUGCAUAUGUUUCAGAGUGAGCCGGGUUGUUCUCUAAGCUCCAUCUGAGCACAGAGAAAAAAUAUGGCAUAAUGUAAAAUGUACUGUCAGUUUCUGUGUCUCACUGUUCCCUAAAGGAUGCAGCUUCCAGAAACUGUAAAAAUAUUCUACUGUAAUCAUUAAAUUUCUGACAAAAAUAUUAAAAAUAACUUUCAUGAGUUUCUUGCAAAAAUAAGUUAGGAUUCCAUGAAAUUAUCAAAUUGUCUCCUGUCAUUUGCUGUGAUUUGUGCACAUCAUACACCUGUAUACUCUAAACAUAUAACAUGCAUUUGGCCAAGUAAAAACAGUCCUGGGUGGUCUUUGUGUGCCUAUAUCCAUCGAUGUAAUGAUGUCAGUUCCUGAAUCUCUCAGGCUUAUUCCAUACAUUUAAGAUCUGAACAGGAUUAUUUGAGUUGGCAGGCUGUAAUAAUGGGAGACUGCAUUUGUUGAUGCAGAAGGUUACUCUGAAUUCAGUGUCUGUGUGCCUUACACGUUCCGUGUGAAUAAAAUACUUUGCUGUAAA